CCAGCCUAAUUGAUCUGGACUUCUGGGCAGGCAGCUGGACCAACAGACAGACGCCAUGAGGGUUCUACUCUUACUGGGGUCUCUGCUGGUGAGCCUGGAGUCGGCGCUUUCGGCUCCACCACCUUGGAAAGCCCCCAAGGAGCGCCGGCACAGGGCAGAGGAGUUCACAGUGGGUCUAACUGUCACCGGGGAACCCUGCUACUUCCCUUUCCAGUACAACCGGCAGCUGUAUCACCACUGUAUCCACAAGGGCCGGCCAGGCCCCCGGCCUUGGUGUGCCACCACCCCCAACUUUGACCAGGACCAGCAAUGGGCAUACUGCCUGGAGCCCAAGAAAGUAAAAGACCACUGCAGCAAACACAACCCCUGCCAGAGAGGAGGGAUCUGUGUCAAUACGUUGAGCAGCCCUCACUGCCUCUGUCCAGACCACCUCACUGGGAAACACUGUCAGAGAGAGAAGUGCUUUGAGCCUCAGCUUCACCGAUUCUUCCAUGAGAAUGAAAUAUGGUUUAGAACUGGACCAGCAGGUGUGGCAAAGUGCCACUGCAAGGGUCCUGAUGCUCACUGCAAGCAGAUGCACAGUCAGGAAUGCCAGACCAACCCGUGCCUUAAUGGGGGGCGCUGCCUAGAGGUGGAGGGUCACCAUUUGUGCGAUUGCCCGAUGGGCUACACUGGACCCUUCUGUGACUUGGACACUACGGCGAGCUGCUAUGAGGGCCGCGGGCUCAGCUACCGCGGCAUGGCCAGGACCACUGUCUCUGGAGCCAAGUGUCAGCGGUGGGCCUCGGAGGCCACCUAUCGGAACAUGACUGCGGAGCAAGCGCUGAGACGCGGACUGGGCCACCACACCUUCUGCCGGAACCCAGAUAAUGACACCCGUCCUUGGUGCUUUGUUUGGAUGGGCAACCGGCUGAGUUGGGAAUAUUGCGACCUGGCACAGUGCCAGUACCCGCCCCAGCCAACAGCUACACCCCACGAUCGCUUCGAGCAUCCGAAACUGCCCAGUUCCAGGCUUUCAAUACUACAGACCCCUCAGCCCACGACUCAGAACCAAGCCUUGGCGAACGAACUGCCUGAGACCAGCAGUCUGCUCUGCGGACAGCGGCUCCGGAAGCGUUUGUCUUCCCUGAGUCGUAUCGUUGGCGGACUAGUGGCGCUGCCCGGGGCGCACCCCUACAUCGCCGCGUUGUACUGGGGCAGCAAUUUCUGCUCCGGCAGCCUCAUCGCUCCCUGCUGGGUGCUAACUGCGGCUCACUGCCUGCAGAACCGCCCAGCGCCCGAGGAGCUGAAGGUGGUGCUCGGCCAGGACCGCCACAAUCAGAGCUGUGAGCACUGCCAGACGCUGGCCGUGCACUCCUACCGCCUCCACGAGGCCUUUUCACCCAGCAGCUACCUGAACGACCUGGCUCUGCUACGCCUGCAGAAGAGCGCAGACGGCAGCUGCGCGCAACUGUCGCCUUACGUGCAGACGGUGUGCCUGCCCAGCGGCCCCGCCCCACCCUCCGAAUCCGAGACUACUUGCUGCGAGGUGGCCGGCUGGGGCCACCAGUUCGAGGGAGCGGAGGAAUAUUCCAGCUUCCUACAGGAGGCGCAGGUGCCCUUAAUCUCCUCCGAGCGCUGCUCCAGCCCCGAAGUGCACGGAGACGCCUUUCUUUCGGGGAUGCUCUGCGCCGGCUUCCUUGAGGGCGGCACGGACGCGUGCCAGGGUGACUCCGGGGGCCCUCUGGUGUGCGAAGAUGAGGCGGCAGAGCACCGGCUCAUCCUUCGAGGCAUCGUCAGCUGGGGCUCUGGCUGUGGUGACCGCAACAAGCCCGGUGUCUACACUGAUGUGGCCAGCUAUCUGACUUGGAUCCAGAAACACACAGCUUCCUGAUUGUCCCGGGACAGGUCUUUCCCUCCAGGGCGAUUCCAGGGUGGGAAGACUUCUGGGACAUGAUUAUAGAAAGUAAAAAUUGUGUCUCAUUCCAUGGAGCAUCACCAGCCAGGUGACAGGGCUGGAGGAACUCAAUAAAAUGUUUUGCAAAUGCU